CGCCCCACCCUCGUUUCUGCCCCCCUCCAUUUUCGGAGCCAGCUCUUGUUUCUGCUUUUGCUGUGAAGAGCUAGUUGUGUCUCAGGCUGUGCGAGUGGGACUGGGGCUUUCCCGAAGCAGCCAGCCCACCAGGCUGUAAAGUCACAGACACAAAGCAAGUGCUCUGUGGGGCAGUGUCCAAGGUGCCUGCCAGCUCCACAGACCCCCGGCAGCCGGGUGCAGCUCUGCAUGUGCCCCCUGCCUUAGUUUCCCCAGCGGGGUCAUCAGUAAGGUGACCAAGGCUUUAUGCAUUGAAUAGCCCCCUGCCCCUUUAAUGCAACAGCCCCAAGGCAGCUCCUCGCCCAGCCCUUAGCGUGGGGCAGACUCCAUGUGAGUGUCUCAGCCCCAUGGCCAGACCCUUCACCCCCAGGGCACGGCCACCCUCCAUUGCCUCCCUGCAGCCAGGCCCUUGCUGCCAACUGCAGCACCUCUCCCAGCAGCACAGCACAGAGCUCCGGGCUGCUUGGGAGACACCCCCAGCUCCCUGCCCUGGGCUCUCCUGCUCUGUUCCCUGGGCCUGUUCUCAGGGCCAGGGCUCGUUAAGCAAUGAGGCUGCCAAACAGCAGCUAGUUAGUUAAUUACUCCCAGCUGGCUGAGAUUGGCUCCUUCUCCUUAAAGAAGCCAUUGGGCCCUGACUCCCCUUAAAGGGGGCCACCCGCCCCCCCAGCCAUGACCAGUGUGUUCUCUGAGCCUGCCGGCAGGAGCAGAAUUUGCAGAGGGCUCAGCAUGUGGGAAGAGAAAUGGUGGGUUUGACAGUCCCCUGCUGGGACAGAAAAUACUGACUGAGGGUCAAGAGAAACACAAGUCCACAGAUUGGUAGGGCAGGAAGGGUUAGGGGGGCUUUGCUUUGGGGGAUAGCCCCCUGCUUGUCCCAGGGCUGGCUCACCCCUGUGUCUCUGUGGCAGGUGAGAUGUUCAUCCCCUACUACACGGGACGUGUCAUCGACAUCUUGAGCAGCAGCUACGGCCACGCCUUCACCACCGCCAUCGGCCUCAUGUGCCUGACCUCCUUUGGCAGCUCCCUGGCCGCCAGCUGCCGCGAGGGGAUCUUCAUGUUCACGCUCUCCCGGCUCAACAUCCGCAUCCGCCAGCUCCUCUUCUCCUCCCUGGUGCGCCAGGACCUGGCCUUCUUCCAGCAGGUCAAACCAGGGGAGCUGACCUCGCGCCUCUCCAGGGACACCACCAUGAUGAGCCGCUCGGUGCCGGCCAACGCCAACAUCUUCCUGUGCAGCCUGGUGAAGGCGCUGGGGCUGUACGGCUUCAUGCUGGGGCUGUCCUGGCGCCUGACGCUGCUCACGCUGCUCGAGACCCCCCUCACCAUGGCCGCCCAGAGCCUCUACGACGCCCGACGCCAGGCCGUGCUGAGGGCGAUCCAGGACUCCAUGGCGCGCUCCGGCGAGGUCGUGCGCGAGUCGGUCUCGUCCAUCGAGACCGUGCGGAGCUUCGCCACCGAGGAGGAGGAGUCGCGGCGCUACAGGGCGGCGCUGGCCGAGACCCACCGGCUGAAGAACCGCCGCGACCUGGAAAGAGAUCUCUACCUGCUCUUCUGCCAGACCCUGGCGUGCACCUACGGGGACCUGCUGAGCAACGUGGGGGCGGCGGAGAAGGUGUUCGAGUACCUGGACCGGGAGCCGGCCGUGCGCACCGACGGGACGCGGGCGCCGGAGUCGCUGCAGGGACACGUCUCCUUCCGCGACGUCUCCUUCUCCUACCCCUCCCGCCCGGACCGCCAGGUCCUACAGGCCGUGUCCUUCGAGCUGUGCCCCGGGGAGGUGACGGCGCUGGUGGGGCUGAACGGCAGCGGGAAGAGCACGUGUGUGGGGCUGCUGGAGCGGUUCUACGAGCCCCAGGCCGGGGAGAUCCUGCUGGACGGGGCCCCCCUCCGGGAGUACGAGCACCGGUACCUGCACCGCCAGGUGGCCCUGGUGGGGCAGGAGCCCGUCCUCUUCUCCGGCUCCAUCCGGGAGAACAUCGCCUACGGGCUGGGGGGCUGCGGGGAGGAGCAGGUCACUAGGGCGGCCAGAGCGGCCCAGGCCUCCGGCUUCAUCGCGGAGCUGGACAGGGGCUUUGAGACAGAUGUGGGGGAGAAGGGCGGGCAGCUCUCGGCAGGGCAGAAGCAGCGGAUCGCCAUCGCCCGGGCGCUGAUCCGCCAGCCGGCCGUGCUGAUCCUGGACGAAGCCACCAGCGCACUGGACGCGGAGAGCGAAUGCGCGAUCCGCCAGUCGGUGCUGAGCCGGGGGCCCCGGACGGUGCUGGUGAUCGCCCACCGCAUGCAGACGGUGGAGAACGCCGACCGGAUCGUGGUGCUGGAGGGCGGGGCCGUGGCCGAGGAGGGGACGCACGCCGAGCUGAUGGGGCGUGAGGGGCCCUACUACAGACUGGUGCAGAGAGACCUGGCCGAGUAACA